GGUGGAGGGGGCGCGGGGCCGAGGCCGGCAGGUCCUGGGGCUGAGGAACCCCCUCGGGUAAAGGUCGGAGGAGCUGUGCGAGAAAAUACGGAUUAUUCCAGAUAAAAAAUGGCGCGGAUAAAAAUAAACGGUGUUAAUUGAAGGAAAGGUACCGCUGCCCAGACUGUCGCUUAAGACCCGUGUGUCUGGAGAGAGUCGGGGGUUCUAUCCAGCUAUGCCACCUAACUAAUUCGAAGUAUAAUAUUAAUUAUUUUCCAGUUAAUUAUCGUGUUUCUAUGUACAAUGUUACCUGUUGUAUACGUUAUGUAGCUAACGCUCUGUACGAGGUGGGUAACUAUCCGCUCGUGCCUCCUCACAAACCCACCGCCGGACUAGGCGGCCCCGGUGCUGUGAGGAGAGCUCAGAUCCCAGGAGUCACCCGAGGGACCGGGCUCCCGCCCGCGUGGAGAGGGGCUUCUGCUGGAGCGGGAAGUUCGCUUUUGCCGCUGUGCGUGACAAAAGGGUAAACAACAGGAAAGACUCCAGAGGAAAGAGCAACAAGACAGGGAAAUGGGAGAAGGCUGAAGAAACUGGGCUUGUUUAGUCUGGAGAUAGAAUAGCAAAGCAGAGGAAAUAGCGCUCAUUCAAUGAAACCAAUACCUGCUGGCGGCACGUUUGUGGUCCUGGCUAUACAAGGACUGCACAGCCAUAUGAUAUUUAACGUGAUAGAGCAGAACAGGCUUCACUCGUGCUAACAGGGGAACUUGUCUUGGAGACCUGCGGGUGGAAGUCGCUGGAAAUCAAGAGGACCAGGGCGGCCCUCAGUCCCAUCUCGCACCUCUGAAAAUUGGAGCUACCUUUGCCUGGGAGCUCGCCCAAAACCGACAGAUUUGCCCCGCGGGGCUCGGCUGCGUGAAGGGGUUUGUAGAUGGAGCUCACGACCUUUCCUAGACCAAACCAAGAGGCUUAGUUAACAUGAAGAUGGAGGACUAUGAAAUAUUCUGUAAGAAGCAUCUUUCCAGAAUCCAAGAAGAGGCAAUAAAAAGAGAAACCUCUGUCACUGUUCAGCACAGAAAUAUCUCCCUCAUUCAAUUCCAUGGCGUUCCUGUGCUUUCCCCUGUGCUUAACCUUGAAAAGAAAAAGGAAAUACAGCAAUAUAAGCAGAAAGCACUGGACCUAGAGACCUGGAGACAGAACUCCCGGAAAAGAGCUUUAUUGAAUCGUGUUCAGGAGAUUCUAGAAAAUGUUCAGAUCAGGAGAGGACCUAGCGUGAGUGAUGUGAACGCACAGGAGGCUGAGAAUAAUUGCCCUGAUUCAGAUUCAAAAGCUUCGACUGACUUCACAGCUCUAUCAGAUGUCAAUGUGGCGUGUUCUCCUGAAAGGCAUGGUUCCACAGAGCUUGAAAAGACACCAGAACUUACGCCAUCAGAUACUACUGGGCAGAUGACAUCCACUGUGACAGAAGUAGUUAAAGCAGCAGAAGAAAAUGUUUUUUCAAAGCAAAACGAGAAUUGCAUCUCAAAAGACGUACCUUGUCCAAGGGCUGCGUCUCCUGACAACAUGCAUAAUAAGCUUGCGUCACAUGCUUUGCAAAAGAAAGAGGGACUAGGAGGGUUGCCAUCAGAUGAGGAAGUCCAAGAUCCAUACGUAAUGAGUCUUCAGAACCUGAUGAAGAAAUCUAGGGAGUACAUAGAGAAAGAGCAAACCAAACGUGGCUCAAAAAGUAAUUCAAAGAGGAGUAUGAGUGAAAGUCAUUCAGAUAAAGAAAAUGAUGGUGUUAAAACAACUGACCCUGUGAAAGAAAGAGGAAAGCUUACCGGCAGAAGUUGCACCACUCCGACACUUGAUAAACCCAGUCUUAAUAAAUCAAAUACCCUUCUCCAAGGUGCCUCUACUCAUACAAAUAACACAAGUAUGUCCGCUUUAUCCAGUUUUUCUAAAGUGGACAUACCUAUGAGAGUUGGAACACCCCCAUUGGUGGAUUCGGAUUCAGAUGAAGAAUUUAAAAAGACUUCUAUGUUUGAUCGUGACAGUAGCAUUGUCAGGAGCCUCACGGGCUCUUACGCCAAAUUGCCAAGCCCAGAGCCAAGCAUGAGCCCUAAAAUGCACCGAAGGCGCCCAAGACCUUUAUCAAUGGGACACAUCGUUAUAAAUAACCCUGUGAAUGCUUACGAGUUAAGUCCUAAAGGCAAGGGUAGAGCGAUGGAUUUAAUCAUGCAAGAUAUUGCAGAUAAAAAUAAUGUGUCUGAAUCAGUGCCAAAGUUCAUGGUGGACUUCACUAUGGUUUGCCCUGGCAGAGUUCCCGGUGUCAACAGGAAUUCUUCAGGCCCUUGUGAUGGGUUGGGGGUGGGCAAACCGAAUCGCCAUUCCUUUGGGCACUUGGAAGGCAAAGGAACGUUGUUGGCUGCAGUGGAAGGACAGGUAGUGAUGGACAGCAGAGGGCCAUAUAAGGUAGAGACUAGUACUAAUACUGUAGCUCCAAAAUUGAAUGACCCAUUUGCCAUCAGUCAGUCUACAGUAGCACAGAAGCACCUACCUGUGAAUGAAACCAAACCGUCUAGUUUGCUAGAAAAUACUAAAUGUAAUUCUCCAGUAGAACUCAAUAAAUCUUACGAUGUAGAAGACCCGUCCCCGCUACUAAUGCAGAGCAAGAAUAUGCGACAGCAGAUGGACACUCCAAGUGUUUCCCCAGCAAGCGAGCAGUUUCUAGAAAAUAGUUUUGAAAAGGUAAAACGUAGACUUGAUUUGGACACCGACAACUGCCAAAAAGAAAAUGGUCCCUGUGUUCUAACAGGAAUGGAAGAACAAGAGAAGCAGUGGUUGCAAGAACAGAAAUACCCCGUGACAUCAGUUUACAUUACCAAGAAUGCAGCCCCUGAUAGUAUGGCAAAAGAAGAUAUUUUAAAAACUAAAAUGUUGGCCUUUGAAGAAAUGAGGAAGAGACUUGAAGAACAGCAUGCACAACAGCUGUCGAUUCUGAUAGCUGAACAAGAGAGAGAACAGGAGAAAUUGCAAAAGGAACUGGAAGAGCAGGAGAGAAAGUUGAAAGGAAAGAAGGUUGCUACAACGGAAAUAGAAAUUUCUAAAGUGAAUAUUAACAGUAGGAUGGAGUUGGAGUGGAGGAAAAAAAGCGAAAGUGGCUUGCUGGAAAGUGUGCAGUCUCAGCUGGAGACAGUCCAUAAUGCAAACUCCACCAGCAUUGGUUUUACUACACCUAACACCUUUGCUUCAACAAGUGAAACUUCAUUCUUUCUCUGGGGACCAUCAGGUAGUGGAGUUAUAAAAACCUCAGUAUCUAGGCCAAGUAACAGGAUCAAAACUAGGUGGACUCAGGUUUUCAGUCCAGAGAUACAAAUGAAGUUCGAUAAGAUCACUGCUGUGGCAAAGGGUUUUCUCACUCGUAGACUCCUGCAGACAGAAAAACUGAAACAUCUUAAGCAAACUGUAAAAGAUACUAUGGAGUUCAUAAAAAAUUUUCAGUCUGAAGCCCCGUUAAAAAGAGGAAGUGUUUCAGCACAAGAUGCAUCCCUUCAUGAAAGAGUAAUGGCUCAGCUGCGAGCUGCUCUGUAUGACAUCCAUGACAUCUUUUUUGCAAUGGAGGCAUCGGAAAGAAUGAAUAUUCUGCGUCAUGAUCGAGAAGUUCGUAAAGAGAAGAUGCUCAGGCAAAUGGAUAAAGUAAAGAGCCCAAGAGAGAGAGCAACACUUUCAACAGCUACGCAGAAAUCUCUGGACAGGAAAAAGUACAUGAAGGCUUCAGAAAUGGGAAUGCCAAGUAAAAAAAUAAUCAUAAAACAAAAAACUCCUGAAAGCCGCGUACUUCAACCAAAUCAAGGACAGAAUGCCCCAGUUCAUAGACUGCUUUGCAGACAAGGAACCCCUAAGACCUCAAUGAAGGGGGUUGAGCAAAAUAGAAAGAAGGCCUCAGAGAGCAGAGUGUCUAACAAGGCUGUUUCAGGAGCAUAUGCAGGAAAAACCCAAAGAAAGAAGCCAAAUGUUGUGACAAUUUAAGAAGACAACACUCACUGGGAUAAAAUGGCUGGUUUUUAAUUAUGGCAUUCUCAGCACUGAUUCAAAUAUUGCAUCUUCUAUACGUAUAUGUAUAUUUAGAAAUGAUAAACAUACUUUGCUAUUUCCAGACAAUGACACACUAAUACAGUCAUAUUGAAGUAAUAAAGGGCUGUGAAGCUCUAAUACUUGUGGAAAAAUUGCAUGUUAAAAUUUAUUAUAUAUUCCUACUACUGUGUACACGUAAGAUUCAUAAUCUUGUUUAUUUAAAGACAACCACAGGGCAACAUUAAGUUAAUUUGUGACUUUUUCACACUCUCUAAUUCUUGUGUCUGACAUACGCUUUUUGCAUUACUUAAAACUGCAAUUUCUGUGUAUGCUUGCCACCAUAAGUCGUGUGUAUAUAUUUUUAGUUUCAUACCAUAAAGUUAAAGCAGUUAAGUAAGAAAAAAAAAUUCAAACAAAACUGAGCUCUUACAUCAGUGAAUUUGUCGGCAGCCUUUUUGAAUGUACUUUCUGUAUGAAUGAGAUUACCUCAAUUUAAAUAUUAAUGGCCUAGAAGUUUUACAUUUCUGCCGAGUUGGACAGACAUGGAUCCAGAUUAACUGCUGGGCAGACAGACUAUACCGAAAUUGUGCAUUUAUAUAUGUGGUGGAUCAAACACUGUGCUGAAAGAGUCCUUUAUUUUUUCCUUGCUGCCUCCUGCAUUUUUUUAUGGGAACAACUUUUGGCCAAGAUGAAGAGAAGUGUAUGUUCUACAAAAAUUUCAGAAGGCAAGAUUUUAAUUGUUUUACCAUUUCAGACUUGCAAGUGAUUGUCCAUAAUAAUAAUUCAGAUAUCUUAUGUUUUGUUGAUGACAGUUGCAAUUUUUCUAAGCAGUUUCUCUUCUACCAGGAUCUAAGAGGCCCUUGUACCAAAAUCAUGAUUUCAGGGGAGGAAAGGGUAAAUCCCUACCAAAUCCCAGCAAACACACUCUUACAUUUAUGAAAAUCUAACAUUAAAAGAUCAUGCUCAUAUUUUGUCUUGGUCUUCAUAUUGGUGGAUGUUAUGCUUCAACUUGAGGGGAGCAUAAGUCUGUAACUUCCGUCUUUUAAUUAUCUUGAGACAUGAUGUUAACAUUCAAAGUCCAACAGAGAAAAGCUUGGCUCUCUUAAGUCUUUGCAGCGCUUACUGUUCUGCUCUGUAACAGUAGUAGUAGAGAACUGACUACCAGAAUGUGAAAAGAGUAAUAUUUUGUUGCUUUCCCAGUAUCAAUACAAUGCAACACCCUAAUUUUGGAGGCUUUGUAACAUGUUGACAGUGAUGGAAGAGAAAAAAGACUGAGCAGAAGUUUCAUUGUGUUAAAUAGUCAGCAUGAAAGAGGAACGUUAAUGGUGGGAUGAGGAGAGUAUCUUCAUGGGCAGUGAUGAGGGAGUUGGCUUGCUUGCAGCACUAGUUUUGGCUUUUAUCUAUCACCAAGUCUGUCCUCUUCAGCUAGUGACAUUGUUCAAAUGUUUUAUACCAUGCAGUAAAUGUUUUAUACCAUGCAGUAAGUUACCCAAAUUACAUACUUAGAAAAUGGCGAAAAUGCUGCCUGAACACCUUGAGGAAUGAUACUGCUCGGUGGUUCUUUACAGUGGUGUUUAUUUGAAAGCUUGGGGGGGGCUCCCCUAAUGGUGUAAAUUUAAGAGUUUACACCAGUGGAGGACCUGCCUCCUCCAUCCAAAUGCUGUGGAUCGUUACAGUUUCAGACAGAAUACUGAAAAUGCCUGAGGCAAGCUUCCCGCUCACCCAGUAGGCAUCAAAGCUCUGUUUUGGUUCCCAACUUUCCUUAGGAGUGGAAAACAUCCUAAGAGGGGAAAAAUUUACAACGGCAAGAGUAACCUGUGUCACUGGUGACAAGAUGUGCUGUUGAUAAUGCUAAAGGUUGAUGUUUUUAAAGGAAGUUUUAUGUGCCGUAUUUAUUAUUAGCAUAGGCAAUAUGUUGAUGUAAAAAUAGGUUUAGUUUAAGUGUUAGUAAAACUGCUUACCUCCUGUUCAGGUUUCACAUCUAAACCUCUUUUACUUUAAGCAUGCCUCCAAUAUGUGUAAUAAAACAUUGUAGCACAAGGUUUUUUUAACUUUCAUGAGGCCUUUCUCUUGACAAGUGCCAGAAUUUGGUUUUGUACUUGAUGUUUUGUAUUUAUACAUAUUUAUCUUUUUAUUUUGUGUGGAACUGUAUUACCAUUAUAAAAGUGUAUUUAUUUUUGUACUUUAUUUCACAUUCACCAGUCUUGCUUUUUACUUAAAACAUACUGCACAAUAAACUUUAAAAAGAA